GUUGUAGUCUUCGUUUGCUGCAGACGGACGAGGAAUAUCCCUCUGCCCCGCCCCAGGGGAGAGAGGAAUAAAUAACGGUCCCUCAACAGCAACAGUAUACGAGUUAAAAGGGAAGGGCUGGCGGAAGGCUUUUCCAAGGAGGCAGCCGUUUCGGUGAACGAAAGAUACAGAGCAGGUCAGGCCUCAAGUUCACGGGAUGAGUCCACCCUGAGAUAGAAGAUAGUAGCGGGGUUGAAGGAUGAUGGAAUUUACCCAUGCAGAGACCAGUGGCUGCUUUCCCCGGUGCAGAACCCAUGCCUUCUCCUAUGGUACAGUGAGUCAUGCAGAUGAAGCCAAGCUAAUAUAUCUACAAGUCCCAUUCAGUCAGCUUGGAUUCAUCUUUUUGACUCACUGCUGGGCAGGAGACAGAAGAGUGAACACAUCUUAUCAGAACAUUUCUUCAGUUGCAGUGAUCAACCUCAGCUUUUCCAUGAUAUUUCAUUCUUGGGAUGACUUCAACAAAGAUUUUUGCAAAAUGAUAACAAAUAUUAUCAUUUUGAGUGUAUUAAUUUGCAUUUCAUUAUCUUUUUGGAUUGUGUCCUUGACUGCAAGCACAUAUUAUGGUACUUUGCGACCCAUUUCUCCAUGGCGUUGGCUUUUUUCAAUCUUAAUUCCACUAAUAAUUAGUUCACGAGGAUUUAAGAAAAAGAGCCUUGAUCAUGGUGGAGCAAUAGGAGGUUUAAUAGUUGGAUUUAUCCUCACUGUUGCAAAUUACAGCUUUUUCACGGCAAUGCUCAUGUUUUUCAUUACUUCCUCCAAAUUAACCAAAUGGAGAGGUGAAGUAAAGAAGCAAAUAGAUUCUGAAUACAAAGAAGGUGGGCAAAGAACCUGGGUGCAAGUGUUCUGCAAUGGUGGCGUGCCUGCAGAACUGGCUUUGUUAUACAUGAUUGAAAAUGGACCAGGGGAAAUUCCAAUAGACUUCUCGAAACAAUACACAGCAUCCUGGAUGUGCCUGUCACUACUGGGUGCUUUGGCCUGCUGUGCUGGGGAUACAUGGGCUUCAGAGAUUGGCACUGUCGUAAGUCAUGAACCCCGGUUGAUAACUACCUGGAGAAAGGUUCCAGUAGGUACCAAUGGUGGUGUUACUUUAGUGGGCCUAAUCUCAAGUCUGCUUGGUGGCACAUUAGUAGGUGUAGCUUACUUCAUUUCCCAGUUGAUCUUUGUGAAUGAUCUGGAUAUAUCUGCUCCGCAAUGGCCCAUUAUUGUGUUUGGUGGAUUUGCUGGUUUACUAGGAUCUAUAAUUGAUUCUUAUUUAGGAGCAACUAUGCAAUACAGUGGUUUUGAUACACGCACUGGAAUGGUUGUCAACCAUCAAACAGAAGAUGUAAAGCACAUAUCUGGAAAACCUAUCCUAGAUAACAAUGCAGUAAAUCUCUUCUCCUCUGUAGUAAUUGCUUUGUUGUUGCCUGGAGCAGCAUGGGGAUUUUGGCCAAGAGGGUGAAGUCAGCAUACUGAUUCCCAUAUAUUUUAUUCAAAUAAGCUGUGAAGUAACGGAUUAUCUGCGAAGCACUUUUAUAACUCUGGGCUGGAAUGUGUUUUCUUGCAACUGUUAAAGAAGCAUGAGGAGUCAUCAGGCUAUUGAAACUAUACCUCUUACAGCAACUGCAAUUUUUGGUGGCAAAGGGGACUGAAAGAAAGAAUAUUGAUUUGACAUCACUUUUUCGUAACAGAAUACAAUUCUCAGUUGAAUUAUUUGAACUGGUGCUUUUACAGCUUUUGAUACAUGGUCUCAGUUCAUUCACCAUGAUCUAGGAAUUACAAGGGUAGGAAAUAAGGCAACCAGAAUUUAAACCAGGGACAGACUUCCACUGCAAUCAAACAAAGCAAUGGAUCUUACAUCAUUAUUCUGUAGUAGAAUGGUAAAGCAUUGUAUUUCUUUUGUACAGUGUGCUACGGAAGGGUGUUGGGGAAAUCUUAACACUGGUUUGGUUUCAGGUGUAUGACUGUAUAAAGCCAAACUUUUUUUUUAUAGUGGAACACAAUAAAAUGGUGGAUUUUGAAAGCAUGCAUGCUAUUUUCAUAGCAUUGCCAUAAGAUCUAAUACAUAAUUAUUGAUGUCUAUAGUUUAAAGAUUUAAUUUAUUGAAUGUAAACUUUAAAUAUUUAGAACAUUAAAAUCCUGGUUUGGGCCAAUGUCUGUAGUUAUUAGUUGCAGUUUUAUCCUGGCAUACUGAACAAAUAGUAUUCUUGCAUUCCAAGUAGUUUUGUGUUUUUUUGUGAUGGGUGUUGCUGUUCAUUUGUUUUUAAACCUGAUUGUGAUAAUAGCCAGCAGUUUCACUUUCGCCAUCAGUCUAGCUUGACUCCGUAACAGAUACAGUCUACAGCUGGAUUUCUGGGCUUGCAGAUGGUUCAUCUUUAGGUAGAAAGAAGGACACAUUGAGGUAAAAGUUGAUAUCAGUAUGACAUUUCUUUUGUUUCAGUGACAAACUUUCAAGUAGUCUUAUGUUCAUGAUGUUGACAGCAUAAAAUUAAUUCAUCUAGUUUGAAAAUUGAUGGUUUUCUGUAAUCUUACAGUUGUGAUUUUACUAAGGUUUCACGUAAACCACUGAUGCUGUUAAUAAGGCAUUAAAUAUGAAGUGCAGUAGUUUAACUGAUACUGUAAAGAGGAUAUGCCAACAGACUGGUUUUAAGUUAUUGUUCAUGCAAAUACUGUCUAUAUUGUCUGAAUAGGACGGAAGUGAAAAAGCAAAUUGCAAAGGUAUGUGAAGAACACUGGUCAGCAAAACACUAAAUGCCUUGAAUCAAAUAAGUGCACUGUAGAAAGCUUUUCAUAUGUAUUUAGGGUUACAUGUGGCCCAACAAAAGGAAUUGCUCAAAAGAACAUGUCCCUUUAUGGGAAGAUGGCAAAACGGGAAAUGAAAAGUGCUACCUUGAGGCAAUAGAAGAAAUGGCAGUGAACUGGAAAAGAGCUGCCAGAGGUUGCUGCCUCUGACAACUUGCGAAAUCUCACCAUCAAGACAACAGAAAAAGUAUGAGAGUAAGUUAUACAGGGGGAGGAAGGGAGAGGAUAAGUGAAUUUCAGAUAUUUAAUGUCCGAGUGGAAGUUUCCAUAAAUCGGAAUAUUAUCCUCGCCUCCAUGUAAGUUCUUCCUGCCCUCACCUCCAUGCAAGUUCUUACAUGGAGAUAAAUGGGCACUAGCUAGCUUUACUGGAUGCACAGAUAGAUAAUUUCUUAUCCAGAUACAGCCUGGUAUAAUUUUAUAAACUUCAAUUAAAUCUGAUUUGAAAGUGUCA